GCGCCGAGGAGGAGGGGAGCCGUGCGUCCCCGAGGGAGAGCUCGGGUUCUGGGGCCGGCAGACCCGGGUCUGCUCCGCAGCCGUCGCCUGUUGAUUUCUUUCUGGACCAUUGUGCAAAACCUGCCGCAUCCGCUCGGACUUGGAUCCAGGACCCUGGCAGCCUUUAAGGAUGGGGGUUCCCGGAGCUGGGUGAUCCCUGACAGUCAGAUCAGAUACAGCCAGCGGCUUCCCGGGGAGUUCUGGUCAAGUGCAGUCCUGGGGGAGAAUCGGCCGUGGCCUUCCUAGAUCUGUGCUCGCCUGAAGGAGAAAGAGGCAGCUAACAAGAGCCAGUGGUAAUCAGGAUUACUCAGUCCGCAUGCAUUUUGCAGGAUGUCCAUGGCAACACUGAAAAUGAAUUGCUUAUUUUCUACAGAUACUCUUCUAUGAGGAGAUCCAGUCAAACAAUCUACACACUUUUCCUUCUGUGGGAGCAGCAUGGCAGGCUUCAAGCGGGGGUAUGACGGGAAGAUUGCGGGCUUGUACGACCUGGAUAAGACCUUGGGUCGCGGUCACUUUGCAGUGGUGAAGCUAGCCAGGCACGUCUUCACGGGGGAGAAGGUGGCAGUAAAAGUUAUUGACAAGACAAAGCUGGACACUCUUGCCACCGGACACCUGUUCCAGGAGGUGCGAUGCAUGAAGCUGGUGCAGCACCCCAACAUCGUCCGCCUGUAUGAAGUGAUUGACACCCAGACCAAACUCUACCUUAUUCUAGAACUUGGAGACGGAGGAGACAUGUUUGAUUACAUCAUGAAACACGAGGAGGGUCUCAAUGAAGACUUGGCCAAGAAGUACUUUGCUCAGAUAGUUCAUGCUAUAUCUUACUGUCAUAAACUCCACGUGGUUCACAGAGACUUGAAACCAGAGAAUGUAGUCUUCUUUGAAAAACAAGGUCUUGUGAAGUUGACAGACUUUGGUUUCAGCAACAAGUUUCAGCCAGGGAAGAAGCUCACAACAAGCUGCGGCUCUCUUGCGUAUUCUGCUCCAGAAAUUCUGCUUGGUGACGAGUAUGACGCCCCUGCCGUAGAUAUCUGGAGCCUGGGUGUGAUCCUGUUCAUGCUGGUGUGUGGACAGCCCCCCUUCCAAGAGGCCAACGACAGUGAGACCCUGACCAUGAUCAUGGACUGCAAGUACACUGUGCCGACCCACGUGUCUAAGGAAUGCAAAGACCUGAUCACCCGGAUGUUGCAGAGAGAUCCCAAGAGAAGAGCCUCUUUAGAAGAGAUCGAGAACCACGCUUGGCUGCAGGGAGUGGACCCUUCCCCGGCCACGAAGUACAACAUCCCGCUGGUGUCCUACAAGAACCUCUCGGAGGAGGAGCACAACAGCAUCAUCCAGCGCAUGGUGCUCGGGGACAUCGCGGACCGCGACGCCAUCGUAGAAGCCCUGGAAACCAACAGGUACAACCACAUCACGGCCACCUACUUCCUGCUCGCCGAAAGGAUCCUGAGAGAAAAGCAGGAGAAGGAGAUACAGACGCGGUCUGCCAGCCCCAGCAACAUCAAGGCCCAGUUUAGGCAGUCAUGGCCAACUAAAAUCGAUGUGCCCCAGGACCUCGAGGAUGACCUCACGGCCACGCCUUUGUCCCACGCAACCGUCCCUCAGUCUCCCGCUCGGGCCGCCGACAGCGUCCUCAACGGCCACAGGAGCAAAGGCCUGUGUGACUCGGCCAAGAAGGACGACCUCCCCGAGCUGGCGGGGCCCGCGCUGUCCACCGUGGCCCCCGCGAGCUUGAAGCCCACGGCCAGCGGGCGCAAGUGUCUGUUCAGGGUGGAGGAAGAUGAAGAGGAGGAUGAGGAGGACAAGAAGCCCAUGUCCCUGUCCACGCAAGUGGUUCUGCGGCGGAAGCCGUCCGUGACCAACCGUCUGACGUCCAGGAAGAGCGCGCCCGUCCUCAACCAGAUCUUCGAGGAAGGGGAGUCCGACGACGAGUUCGACAUGGAUGAGAACCUGCCCCCCAAGCUGAGCAGGCUGAAGAUGAACAUCGCCUCCCCGGGCACCGUGCACAAGCGCUAUCACCGGAGGAAAAGCCAGGGCCGCGGCUCCAGCUGCAGCAGCUCCGAGACCAGCGACGACGACUCCGAGAGCCGGCGGCGGCUCGACAAGGACAGCGGGUUCCCCUACUCCUGGCACCGACGGGACAGCAGCGAGGGGCCCCCGGGCAGCGAGGGGGACGGCGGGGGCCAGAGCAAGCCCAGCCACGGCAGCAGCGGCGCGGACCAAGCGCCCCUGGAGGCACCUCGGGCUCCACGCGCCGCUGUGCCGCGGGGCCCCCGAACUCCGUGCAGCUGGCCUCGCGCAGCGCCGGGGAGCUCGUGGAGAGCCUCAAACUCGUGGGCCUCUGCCUGGGCUCCCAGCUGCACGGUAGCGCCAAGUACAUCAUCGACCCCCAGCGGGGGCUGGCGCUGUCCAGCGUGAAGGUGCAGGAGAAGUCCUCCUGGAAGAUGUGCAUCGGCUCCGCGGGGGGCCCGGGCCAGGCCCCCGCCGUGGGCGGCAUCAAGUUCUUCUCUGAGCACGUGGCCGGGGCCAGCGCCGAACUGGAACGGAUAAAGAACAAGAACCUGAAAAACAACGUGCUCCAGCUACCUCUGUGCGAAAAGACCAUCUCUGUGAACAUCCAGCGGAACCCCAAGGAGGGGCUGCUGUGUGCCUCCAGCCCGGCCAGCUGCUGCCACGUCAUCUGACGGCCUGCGGCCCCGCCCUGCCGCCCGCGCUCCCGGCGCCGCGACAACGCAUGGUCUUUGUGCAUGCUGCUAGACCCCACUUUUCUUUCCAGCCGAAAAGUCUACUGUGUAUUUUUACAUUCAUGAUUUUAAUGUGGAUGAUCAUGAUGAAAUUAAAAUGUAUAUGUGGAACCUAAUAUAAACAGAGCACUUAGCUAUUUGAUGUUCUGCACUUAACCUAGAGAGAGAGAAAUGCAUUCGUUCCUUGUGCAAAAAUCUAAAUUCCUGUCCCGACCUUCUGUGAUCCAGAAACUCCGUGCUCUGAGGCAUCGUGCGGUGCCCGAGACAGAACCAAAGCAAUAACAUGCGCCGGCCCCGGCCCAGUGGCGAGGCGGCCCUGCCCCCAGCGGCCUGGGGAGCCAAGGACAGCGAGCGUCCGCACUGAGCGCCCCGAACUGCGACCCGAGAUGCCCGCACCUGUUUGUCUUAAGCUAGAGUGUGGCAGAAGCUUGGGCUCAAAUGUAACUGAACAAGUCUGCUGUUUUCCAGUAGGUGAGACAAAGUACUUAGGUUUCUAAGGCAGCUUCCCCCCGUCGUGGCCGGUCACACGCAGACGAUCCUGUAACGUGACGAAGUAAAUUCAUGUCUGGACUCUCCUGACAGAGGGUCUGUCUGCCUGUCCCGUCCAGCAGAGCACAGGCUGCCCCGUGGGCGGCUUCUGUGGGACUGUGUGGGGCCCCCCGCAGGCGUCCUCAACACCCAGUGGACGGAGGCGGCGACAGGGCUCGCGUGCAGGCAGAGGCGUGCGCGGAGGCCGGCCAUGUCAGAAACCUGUGAAUUCAAACCAAACUUCGCGGGAUUUGUUUCUUAGGAGUUUGUUAAUUAGCUCGUCUCCUGUUAUUUCCAUUCCAUUCCACCCUUUGGCUUAGCUAGCUAUGAAAAUUGGCUGAUCAAAGAAUACACAAAAAAGGGUAAAAUUCACACGGUAAACAGAAAUGCACAGAGCCUGCUUUGUAGCUUUCCCCCCAUUUUUUGUUUUGCCUUCCUGCAAAAAACAAUCAGAGGACUCCUGCUUUACUCUGCUCCAACGCAGAGACACUUGACCAGAUAAUCAUCUCUCAUGGCAUUGGAUCCCGUAGGAUGCGAUAGAUCGCAGAUUGUGGAUUUUGCAAGGAGCCAGGUGCUGUUCUCUCGUGCUGGCCCGGGGUCUUACGAGCAGUGUUCAGCAACCUCCGGGGUGGGCCGUGGCCGGGCCCCGGGCCUGCCCGCGCUCUCCGGCUCCGUCCUGGCUCUGAGCGAGUUCAGAGCACCAAAGACCUGCACGGCGCUGGCGCUGGCGCUGGCGCUGGCCACGGCUCUCCCAGUCCACACCAACUCCGCCACUCUAGGGUUAAUACCUUGUACUCAAACUCUGACUCACAGUAUACCUACUAUACUAAGUACAAAUGAUACUUAAAAUACUCACUUUACUUUAUAGACCUAGGCUAGCUAGAUACAUUUUAAGCUACAGCUCUAGUUCAUUGUGAUAUUUAUGCUGAAAGCGAUGAGAAUAGAUGUGUGGGUGAAGCCAUAGAACACAUUUGCUUGAAAUUCUUGAGCAGGGAUCUUCUAAAGGGCCAGAAACAAGAUGUGUGGUUCACGCGGAGUGAGCGUAACCUCUGUGUUAAACGUAGGAGGGAAGUUCCUAAAGGGCAUUGGCAAUAAACUCUUUGUUGCAGCUGUUUUCCAAGUCUUGUAAAUACUUUUCCCUGUGAUUGUGUACAGCCUUGGAAUGGCACCUUUUAACUAACCCACAUGUGUUUGGUUUUCAAUGGUUUUUAUAUUCCGAUGUAUAUAUGGUGCUCACUUUAGGAUCAGCAGUGUUGACCGUUUAUGCUGCAGAGCUGUAUUAUAGCCUUCUUAGCCGUGUGUGGUUGGUUGGCCCCCGGGUCCACACGUCUGUCUGAGUGGUGUCUAACCCGUCCGUAGUGAGUGAGUGUGCACGUGUCGUCCGUCACUGUAUGUCGUCCGUAAGGGAGGGAGCAGAACACCAUUACACGCGGAUACUCUUGGACCAAACUCCUUAAACUGCUCUGUGGUCACUUGUACCCUACCCUCUGUCUUCAGAAGUUGCAUAGAGAUACACUAGUGCAUAAAUUAAACAUUGUGGAGAACAGUCUUGUAUUUUUCUGUAUGUGUGUAUAUAUAUAAUUAUGUACUUCUGGCAAUUCUAUAUGUAUUUAAAGAUGUGACAAUCUUAACACCGAUUCUAAGAAUAGCUGUGAGACUGGACUGAACUAAAGAUGUCCCUAAAGAAUUGCGUGUGUUCCCAGGGCGCACAGUUAUCAGCUGAUUCGGUCAGUGGCUUCCAGUUCUGGUGGAUUUUCCUCAUUGUGUAAACAUUGACAGGUCUGUGACAAAUGGGAAAAUAAUCCAAAUAAUAAAGUGACACGUUGGUGUUCAGCAAUAUAAA